GAGACACAGAGAGAGAGAAGUGGUUAACGGCGAGGGAGGAACAGCGGAGGAAACAGAAGUGAAAACAAACGAGAGAAAGAAAAAGAAAUAGAGUGAAAAAAGUAGAUAAAGAGAGGAGGAUAAAGAAAAUAUUAGUGAAGUGAGAAACAGAAAAUGAGGAAAUGUAUAUAGAGACAAAAGUAUGUAAAUAGGAGAAAUAGCAGAGAGAGUAAGAAAGUGGCAACAAGGAACGGUCCCCGUGAUAUCCGGUUCCCUGCCCUUGUCUUGUAUGGUAUGGUAGCCUGUCCUACAGCCUACAACUACACGACUGGCAGAAAAGAUGGCUUUUCUCGAGUCGUGUAAUGCCAACGAGAGGGAAAGGUUUUCCCCACUUGACUUGGAGCCAGGGGAAAUUUAUUUUGAAGAAUUUGCUGUGAUUUAUUACCCACCUGCCUCGUCAGAAACUGAUGCUAUUAAUAAGCAACAACGAGGAAAAUUAAAGAUCUGCUCCAAGUCUGUAGUUUUUGAACCUAAAGAAGCCAAGUACUCAUUAUUAAAAUUUCCAUUGAAAAAUGUGAAGAAACUAGGUGAAAGACAAGCAAAACUGUUUUCUAAGAUUGAUAUCCAAGGAAAAACCUUUUUUAUUGAAUCUAACCUAACUGUGAAGAUUAAAGAGAAGAACAUUGUGUCACCUUUUGUUUAUAUUAAGGGUGUAGAAGAACAUAUAUUUCGUUUAGUUUAUACAACAGUCAAUGCUUGUUUAUCACAUAUUGCCCAACUGCAUCGAGCGUCAACUCUUGACAAAAUAGAACAGGCUUCAAUGAUCAAUACAAUUGUUUUAGCUCGACAAUCAAAGAUUACAUUUGAUGCCUCAUGCCUCGAAGAUUUCCACGAGAAACGUUUAAUUGAGAAACAAGCUGACCGUAUUACCCCACUGGUCACUACACCAGGACGAGUCGUCCUCACUGAUGCCAGGCUCUACUUCCAGCCAUUUAGUGCCACUGGACCGGUAAGUGGUUUCUUGUCUUGUGACCCCGGUGUUGAAAUUUUGUGUACAGAAAGGGCUUCAUUAAAGCACCUAUAUUUGACCCUUAAAAAUCAGUCUGAAAGAGACGAACUUUAUGAAAAUAUUAUUUCAAAUGCAGGUCUUGAUAUGGAGAGUAUGGAACAAGAAAAUGUCAUUCUAAAAUGGCAGACUGGUCUUAUAUCUAAUUACGAUUAUCUGCUUUACCUGAACAGGAUGGCUGACCGAAGUUUCAAUGAUCUCACCCAAUAUCCUGUAAUGCCAUGGGUCAUUGCUGACCAUCACAGUUCAAAGUUAGAUUUGAACAAAGAAUCCACAUUUCGAGACCUUGCCAAACCAAUUGGGGCACUAAACUCUGAAAGACUUGCAAAACUCAGAGAAAGAUAUGAUGAAAUGGCUGAACCAAAAUUCCUCUACGGCUCCCAUUACUCAACUCCUUGUUAUGUUCUCUUCUACCUCUCCAGAGUUGCACUGGAAUACUCUUUGUGUUUGCAUGGAGGACGUUUCGAUCAACCGGAUCGUAUGUUUAACAGUAUUGCUGAGACAUGGUACAAUUGUCUUCAUGGUGCUUCAGACUUUAAAGAAUUAAUUCCUGAAUUUUAUGAUGGAGAUGGUGAAUUCUUAUGUAACAGACAGAAUAUCAACUUUGGUGUUCGACAGAAUGGAAGAGCAGUCAGUGAUGUGGAACUGCCUCCCUGGGCAAAUGGUCCAAAAGAUUUCAUUGCAAAGAUGCGGAGUGCAUUGGAGUGUGACUGGGUUUCCCGACAUCUUCAUCUUUGGAUCGAUUUGAUAUUUGGUUAUAAACAGGUCGGUUACGAAGCUGAGGCUGCUGAUAAUGUAUUUUAUUACCUCACCUACGAAGGCUCAGUCAAUGUGGAAAACAUCGAUGACCUCAAUGAAAGAAACAGUUAUGAGACACAGAUCAUGGAAUUUGGCCAAACACCAAAACAACUUUUCACUGAGCCCCACCCUCGACGCUACCAUAUUGAUAACCCCUAUUCGAUGCUGCCGAGCCCUAAAGAUGUACGUUUGGCCCCAUUUGGUCAAAGGUCAAAUGAAGCUGCAUCAUUUGGAGAAACUUCAAGUCCAUACAGUGGUACCAACAGCAGCCAGAGGAAGGAUUGGCAGACACUACAGCCAAUACUGUCUCAUUCUUUACACAAAGAUUGUAUACUUGAUGUCCACCUCUCACCAGACGGUAAACAUAUUUUCUCUACUUCCAAAGACGUCCAUUUCAAAAUGUAUUCAGUGAAAGAGAAACAUCAAGCUAGAAGUAUCAACCUUUCUAAUAUGACUCUGUCCAAAUGCAUUCCAGUCAAUGACAGUAAAAUGGUAAUUGUUAGUUCCUGGGACAACAGUAUAUAUUUCUACAGCAUUGAAUAUGGCCGUAUUCUUGACACACUCUUUGCUCAUGAAGAUGCUGUUUCUUCAUUACUGCUGUCUGGCAACAAACUCAUCUCUUCAUCCUGGGAUUCUGAUGUCAAGGUGUGGCAUUAUUCCAGCACAAUGAAUUUCCGAUUAUUUAACCAAGAUUGUUUGGGUUCAUUGGAACAUGACUCCAGCGUGUACUGCAUGUCUGCUGCGUUGGAUGGUUCUUUAUUGGCAACAGGGACGAAAGAUGGUGGUGUGUGGUUAUGGCACCUCUAUGACUAUUACCUUCUCAAACAUCACCGAUGUCACCAAGGUCGUGUUAAUUCAGUGAUCAUUAGUCCAGAUAAAACUCAGUUAUACACAUGUGGAUCUGAUGGUUACUUCAAGAUCCUUGAUUCCUAUUCUGGAAUUGAAACAUUCAGUAAAAAGAUGGAUGAUGAAAUUAGAUGUAUGGGCCGCUUAGAUGGUUAUCUGAUUUUUGGUACUAAUGCUGGUAGUGUUUGUGUGUGGGAUCCAUUCAACUUCUGUCAAGUUGACUACAUACCAGAUGCCCAUCAUGGUGCUGUGACGACACUCCACGUCCAAAAUCGAAACCUUGUCACUGGUGGAGAAGACGGUCGUGUGGUAUUGUGGCAAGAAGUGACUUCCUUCUCAGCCUAUCUCUGACCAGUAGGGAGCAACAACACACCAUGAACCUCUCAUCUUGAGCAUUCCAUAAUUGGUGGGGUGGGGAGCACAGCUGCCACGCUGCAAUACCGCUGCUGCAGCACUCCAAUACCACUGCUGCUACAAUGCUCCAAUAGUGCUGCUACAACACUCCAGUACCUCUGCUAUUGCACUCUGAUACCACUGCUGCAACACUCCAAUAACACUGCUGUGACACUCUGGUGCUGCUGUUGCAACACUCCAAUACCACUGCUGCCAGGCUCCUAUGAUAUUACAAUGCCACUGCUGUAACACUACGAAACUGUUAUAGUAAUGCUACAAUACCACUACAAUACUGCUGCCAUACCACUGCUAAGAAUACUGCAAUAGCACUUCUGUAACACUAGAAUGCCACAUUUACAACACUGACAACCAUAAAACUGCAAUGUUACAACCACACCAUUAUGAUAUGAAGUUUCCCAUCUUAAUGCUGUUGCUAUGACCACUUUGACAUCCUACCCCACCUCUCUCCCACAUCUGUGAUUAAUUACUUUAAUUAAAAUAAAAAUUUAUUCUAUUCUUUA